AUGCACAUCAAACAGGUGUCCAUGUCGGGCUUCCGCAGCUUCCGGUCGCAGCCCGAGAUCGAGUCCUUCAGCCCCCGACACAACGUCAUCGUCGGUAGGAACGGGUCGGGCAAGUCCAACUUCUUCGAUGCCAUCCAGUUCGCGUUGCUCAACCAGAGGUUCUCGAACCUGCGACAGGAGGAGAGGCAGCUGCUGCUGCACGAGGGAGCCGGGGCGAAGCUCAUGAGCGCCUACGUCGAGAUCGUCUUCGACAACUCCGACGGCCGUUUAGCACAGGACGGCGACGAAGUGGUGUUGCGGCGCAACAUAGGGAUGAAGAAGGACGAGUUCUUCCUCAACCUCAAGCGCGUGACGAAGCAGGAGGUGUCAAGUCUCCUGGAGAGCGCAGGAUUUUCAAAGGCGAACCCGUACUACAUCGUGCAGCAGGGCAAGGUGUCGGCACUGACGCUAAUGAAGGACGCCGAGAGACUUAACCUGCUCAAGGAGGUCGCGGGCACGAAGGUGUACGAAGAGCGCAGGCAGGAAUCCCUCAAGAUCAUGGACGAGCUCAACAACAAGUUCGAAAAGAUCCAGGAGGUCAUCAGCUUCAUCGAGGAACGUCUCGGGGAGCUCGAAGAAGAGAAGGAAGAGCUCGGCGCGUACCAGAAGCACGACAAGCAGAGGAGGGCCCUGGAGUUUGCCCUGUACGACAAGGAGCUCACCAAGGCGAGAGAGUCCCUCCAGGACAAAGACAGGGCCAUGGAAGAAACAGAGUACCGCAUCCGGGAGUUGCAGGAGAGGCUCCAACACGCGCGCUCGCAAGCGGGGCACGACGAGAAAGACUUGGCCGACGGAGAGACGGCGGCAUCCAAGCUGGACAAACAAGUAGCCGCCAAGGAAGCCGAGCGUCGCGAGCUUCUCGGCGUUCGAGCGAAGCUGGAGCUGGAGGUGAAGGACCUGUCGGAGCGCGUGGCGACGGACGGGGACGAGCAGGAACGCCUCGCCGAGGAGCUCAAAACCCUGGACGCCAACAUCGCGGCCCGGAAAAAAGACCUCGAGACGGAGGCGGGGCCGGCGUACGACAAGGCCCGAGCAAGCGUGAGCGCUACGGAGAUGGAGCUCGGCGCGGCGGCGGGACAGAGGGAAGAGCUCUACGCCAAGCAGAGCCGCGGCUCCAAGUACCGGACCGCCGAGGAGCGCGACGCCGCGCUCAAGUCGCAAGUGAAAUCCACCCGCUUGGCGGCCAAGGGGAAAUCGGACACGGCUGCAAGCCUGAAGAGCCAGGCCGUCAAGAUGUCGGAGCAGCUGGACCGGCAGCGGAAGAAGGCGGCGGAGAUGGAGGCCCAGCUGCAGGAGAGGCACCUGCAGUCGCAACGCGUGUCGGCGGACCUGGUGCAGAGGACUGCGGCCCGCAACAGCCUGGCCGAGGAGAGGAAGGAGAAGUGGAGGGUUAUUGAGGGCCUGCAGGAAGGACCUCGCCGGGCAGCGGGCGGAGAAGUUCGAGGGAGGGAUGGAGGGCUUGCAAGGGACCGCAUUUCGGAGCAGAAGGCCGCGCUGGAGAAGAGCGAGCGUGACCUCCGCUUUGCCAUGCCUCGAAGCGUGGCCUCAGGACUGGACGCCGUAGAAGCUCUCGUCAAGGAGCAGCGCAUCGAGGGGUACUACGGUCCGGUGUACGAGAACUUCGCCCUGAGGGAUCCGGUUCUGGCAACGGCCGUCGAGGUAGCGGCUGGUAACACGAUCUUCAACGUGAUCGUGGACAACGACCACACCGCCGCCAAGCUCAUGCACAUGCUCGAGAGGAGGAAGCUGGGGAGGGUGACGUUCAUGCCCCUCAACAAGCUGGCCACGAGGAUGGCCCCCCGGAAGGAGCUAGGGAACAAGGUCGUGGCUUAUCUCAUCGAGGCUGCGAUCAAGUUCAGACCGGAGGUGAAGCCCGCGAUGGAGCAGAUCUUCGGGAAGAAGCUCCUGGCGAAGGACUUGGAAACGGCCUCAAAAUACUCGGAGCGGAAAGAGUGUGACAUGGACGUGGUGACCAUGAACGGGGAUGAGUUCAACCGCAAGGGUAGCAUCUCCGGCGGGUACCACGACGAGAGGGCCGGGAGGCUGCUCACGCUAGAGAAAAUCCGUGGGCUGAGGAGGGACCUGGACAAGCUGGCGGGGGAGCGGAAGGGCAUGCAAGCCAAGUCGAACGAGACGGACCAGGCGGUGACGAACCUGCUCGGGGAGGUGCAGAAGCUAGAGGCCAAGAGGGCGAGCAUCCGCAACGUGAUGGCGCAGACCAACAAGGACCUGGGGCACAUCAAGAAGGCCGCCGUCACCACCGAGGAGCAGCUGCACGAGAAGGAGGAGCUUCUGGAACAGGUUAGCCGGGAAGCGCAGCAAGAAUCGAACAAAGCGGACGUCCUCCAAGCCGAGAUCGGCACUCCCCUCAUGGCUACUCUGACGGAGGCGGACCAGCGCACGCUUCACGAGCUCAACACCGUCCGGGUGCCGGCCCUGAACGCUCGGCUCAAGACCGAGUUCGACGCUCUGGAGGUGACCGCGGCCGCGCGGACCCGGCUCCUGUCCAUUCUCAACGGGAACCUGCAGAGGCGGCGAGAGGAGGUUCGAGAGCUGCUGGACCCCGAUAGAGGGGGCAUAGGGGGCAGCGCUAGGUCUGGGGAGGCGGAGGAGAGGCUCGAGACUCUCGCGCAACGGCGCGAGGAGCUCUCCAAGGCGGGGAGGUCUCUAGAAGCGCUGCGGGUGGAGCUGGAGGACAUGGAGAAGAUCGCUUCGGAGCGCAGACAGGAGGUGUCGGCGAUCCGGAAGGAAGUUGACAACAUGAAGGCGGAAGAGGCGAGACUGCUCGAGCGACUGGCGGAGGAGUCGAAGGUGAAGGGAAAGCUGAAGGGCAAGCAAGAGAUGUGCGUGACCCAGCUAGAGGACAACACGCAGAAGAUGCAGAGCCUGGGCACUCUGCCCCACGGCCAGCACGAGCAAUACAAGACGAUGGACACGAAGAAGCUGAUGAAGAAGCUGAACGCUGCCAACGAGAGCCUCAAGAAGUUCAGCCACGUGAAUAAGAAGGCGCUGGACCAGUACGUGAGCUUCAGCGAGCAGAGGGAGACCAUCCUCAAGCGGAAGAAAGAGAUUGACGCGGCGCAGACGGCCAUCAAGGAGCUCAUCGAGGGCCUGGACCUGCAGAAGGAUGAGGCAAUUCUGCGGACGUUCCGAGGGGUGAGCCAGAACUUCUCGGAAGUGUUUCAGGAGCUGGUGCCCUCGGGAUCGGGUGUGAUGGUCAUCAAGACCAGCGCCGACGCUGCCGCAACCACCACCAAGAAGAAGGGCUCCAAGAACGCUGAGGAGGAGGAGGAAGAGGAAGAGGAGGAGGAGGAGGAAGAGGAAGAGGAGGGUGGCGACGAAGCAGGAAACCCCGGAUCCGGCAAGAAAUCUUCAAAAGGGAAAGGGAAAGCCAAGGCCAAGGCACGGGAAGGAGGAGAAGAUGGAGCGGGGGCGGAUGAAGAAGAGCCGAACGGCUUGUCGCCAACGACGCUGGUCAGCGACUUCGUCGGCGUCCAGAUCAAGGUGUCGUUCGUGGCCGCGGGGGAGACGUUCCUCAUGUCGCAGCUCUCGGGGGGGCAGAAGGCCGUGGUUGCUCUCGCCCUCAUCUUCGCGAUUCAGCGCUGCGACCCCGCCCCCUUCUACCUGUUCGACGAGAUUGAUCAGGCACUGGAUAGCUCCUACCGCGCGGCCGUGGCCUCACUGAUCCAGAGGCAAGCCCAUUCGUCGGACAACCCGACGCAGUUCAUCACCACCACGUUCCGCCCGGAGAUGGUAGCUGUCGCAAGCCAGUGCUACGGAAUCUCCCACCAGAACAAGGUGAGCAAUAUCCACGUCCUGCCGCGCCAGGAGGCUCUGGGCUUCGUGGCCAACAUCAUGAACGAAGAGGAGGCCGUCGGGGUGGAGCUGCAGCAGCCCGCGAGCGCCGCGCGCCAGAAGCAGGGAGGAGGGUCACGCCGGGGCAGCAGAGGUGCCAGGGAGGAGGAGGUGGAGGAGGAGGAGGAAGCGGACGAGAUGGACGUGGAGGAAGAGGAGGGCGAUGACGAGGAGGAAGAGGAGGAGGAGGAAGAGGAGGCUCGUAGGCCGUCAUUGGAGGGCAAGAGGCGCAGGGUUAGGAGUGGGGGCGAACGGGAGUCUUCCUCGCGAUAG